AUGUUAUUCGAACUCUUCUUUAGUGCUGUUCUAUUAGGAUCGUUUGUCACAUCUCGAUCUUGUAAUGGAUAUGCGGAGCUGUGCUCAAGGAAAUAUAGCAAUGUAACCCAAAUCGGCUCACACAAUCCGGCCUUCUCUGGUCACCAACCUAGACACACUCAGCUGCUAUCGGUUAAGGAGCAGUUAAAUCAUGGCACUCGUUUCUUGCAGGUUCCAGUCCACGUUAAAGAUGAUAGACUUCAUAUGUGCCAAUCUUCAUGCAAGCUGGAAGAUGCCGGUAAACUCAUGGGAUUAUUAGAUGACAUCAAGGAGUUUAUGGAAGAAAAUUUCAACGAAAUCAUAACACUUUUCUUGGGAAACAUGAACCGUGCGCCCGCCGAAAUGUUCAGGAAAGACCUUGCAGCCUCAGGCCUCGCUGAGCAUGCGUUUAUUCCUCCAAAGAGACUUGCCGUCGAUGAAUGGCCGACACUAGAAGAGCUAAUCAAAAGCGACACUCGUCUUAUUGUCUUCAUGGACCAUGGUGCCAAUGCUACCGAGGCUCCGCAAAUAUUGGAUGAAUACAGCUAUUUCUUUGAGACCAAGUCGGAUGUUGUAGAUUCAAAUUUUUCAUCCUGUGCACUUGAUCAACCCUCGGGAUCUGACGGAAAUGGAUUAAUGAUGCUGGUAAAUCAUUACUUGAGUAUUGAUGUACGGGGAGCCCUAGUUCCUAACCGGGGAGCCGCACCCCGAACCAAUGCUCCAACGGGAAAGGGCAGUAUCGGCGCGCAGUCUAAUGUGUGUCGCAAUGAGUGGGGCCGAAGUCCUACUCUCAUUUCCAUCGACUACGUUGGCAUGGGGGAUUCUAUGACGGCCCAGUCAAUUUUAAAUGGGUUCUGA